CACAUCAAGCAGAUCACAAAAGGUUUUGAACAUCAAUUCAAGUUAUUCGGUUGGCAUAAUUAAAGCUUUUUACUAAAGAGCUUGCAGAUUAACUCAAGCCUUGAUUUCUUUCUCGCUAUAGUGGAACAGGAAAACGUUUUAUUGUUUAAUUUGAUUUGAGGAGGACGAAUUGAUAUGCCAACAAAUGAAGAACAAGCUCGGUAAAGUACUCAGUUUUCUCCGGGAAUGGGACCGUGGGGACAGGACGGUCCGCGGCCGUAUGUUGAACACCUUUCUGAUUCAGAACACAGGGAAGACAUUUUAUGAGUUGGAGCUGGAGUUUGCUCAGGUCGCCAGCCUGUUCUUGGCUCGAGUCACCACAUGGAUGAGACUCACAUACAUGUUUGGGACAUUCUUGGGACUGCAACUGAAUGCAAUUGGGAUUUUUCUUUCUGCAUCAAGCCAUGAUCAGUACCUGAUGGAGUUCCUUGAGGAUGGAGGUGUUCUCACUCUGCUGGAGAUCUUAAGCCACCCUAAAAGUAAAGAGGAGGAGAAGGCAGAGGCCCUCCGUCUUCUGCACACAGUUUCAAAUGCUGGUCGAAAGUACAAAGAGUUCAUCUGUGAGAGCGAUGGUGUGAAAGCCAUAGCAGAGUUCCUGGCUACGUCAAACGCAGACAAAACCCAAGAGACAGCUCGGGCCCUCCUGGAGACCCUGUCCCAUGGAAACCCUAAAUAUCAAAUACAGAUCUACAAAAGUCUGAUUGCUCUCAUGACCUGUUCCUCCCCAAAGGUCCAGCAGCUGGUCAUGUGCACCUUACGCACUGUGCAGUUCAAAAUGAAUACAGCCCAUCACAGCAUUAUAGAGCCUCUGCUGAAUAUGCUCAGGUCCCUGCACGUUGAGGUUCAAGAUGAAGCUACAAAUCUGAUCUUACUCCUGACGUCUUAUGAUGUGAGGCCCGUGCUGCUCAGUGGACUGGUUUCUUUGCUGAGGCCUACUAAGGAAGAAUCACAGAAGCACCAGCUGAAUACAGAGGUCCCAUCUGAGCCUGAGAUAAUCAAGAGGACUGGAUCUCUACCUGUUUUUGUGCAACAAGCUGCUGCAGCUAAAACUAUACGCUUGCUGGCUGAGGACAGUCCAGACGUUUCUCGAGAGCUUCUCUCUCUUGGAGUGAUCCAACAUCUUCUUCACACUCUGGGAAACAGAGAGCACACCGAUGCCCAGAUACAAGCCAGUAUGGCCUUGGAGCACUUUGUCCGAGAAUACCCCGUCAUAGAGGAACAAGUCCAGAGAGUCAUGGGUUGUACAUUGUCUGAAGCCUUUAUGCAUAAAGCUGAAACUUUGUACAUGAAUAAGGAUGAAACACAAGCAGAAUCUCUGCUUACUAACAACCUAAACAUAAGUGAUGGUUUGGAUGGUGACAAAUCUGAGGGAUGAAAGGGGGAACAACUCUAAUUAUGACGCAGAUUUGUGUGAAAAUGUUGGAAAAUUAAACAAAUAUAUUUGUAAGUCAAAGUUGAAUAUUUUCUGUUACAUUGCCUGCUUCCUUUUUAUUUGAGUAAUUGUAAAACAAUUAUAUACUUGUAAAUAAA